GCUAUGGUAGUUUCUUCCAGAGAAGGCCCGGGAGCCCGGCGCCUGCUGCUCUCACUUCUUCUCGCAGCCUGGGCGACUGGCAGAGGCCAGGUCCACUACUCGGUUCCGGAGGAAGCCAAACACGGCACCUUCGUGGGCCGCAUCGCUCAGGACCUGGGGCUGGAGCUGGCGGAGCUAGUGCCGCGCCUGUUCCGGGUGGCGUCCAAGGGUCGCAGGGGCCUUUUGGAGGUAAAUCUUCAGAACGGCAUUUUGUUUGUGAAUUCUCGGAUCGACCGCGAGGAGCUGUGCGGGCGGAGCGCGGUGUGCAGCAUCCACCUGGAGGUGGUUGUGGACAAGCCGCUGCAAGUUUUCCAUGUAGAAGUGGAGGUAAAGGACAUUAACGACAACCCGCCAGUGUUCCAUGGAUCACAGAAAAUCUUGUCCAUUUUAGAAUCUAGGCUGCCUGAUUCUCAGUUUCCACUAGAGGGCGCAACGGACGUAGACAUCGGCGCCAAUGCUUUUCUAACCUAUAGGCUCACCCCUAGUGAUUAUUUUUCGCUGAAUGUAAUUUCGAAAAACGAUAAAAAUAAAUUGAUAUUGCUCGUAUUGAAGAAAUCAUUAGACAGAGAAGAAAUUCGUGAACACUCCUUGUUACUAACAGCCACAGAUGGAGGCAAACCUGAACUCACAGGCAGUAUGAAACUGCUUAUCAAGGUACUAGACGUCAACGACAAUGCCCCUGAGUUUCAACAAUCGAUUUAUGAAGUAAGUCUUCGGGAAAAUGCCAUAAACUGGACAUCUGUGAUAAAGUUAAAUGCUUCAGAUGCGGAUGAAGGUGUCAACCAAGAGAUUACCUACCACUUUAGUAAUGAUAUUUCUUUCAGGGUAACAGAAAUGUUCACCAUCAUUUUAAAUACUGGAGAAAUACUACUAAAAGGGAAUUUAGAUUAUGAAGAAAUCACCUCUUACAAAAUCGUAGUGGAAGCAUCGGAUAACGGUACUCCGCAAAUGAGAGGGCACUGCACAGUCCUCGUGAAUGUGCUAGAUGUCAAUGAUAAUGUCCCUGAGGUAUCAAUAACUUCACUGUCUUUGCCCGUCAGAGAGGACGCUCCACUCAACACCGUCAUCGCCCUGAUCAGCGUGUCGGAUCGCGACUCUGGUGUUAACGGACAGGUGACCUGCACCUUGAUCCCCAAUAUUUCCUUCAAGCUGUUGUCCACAUUCAAGAAUUACUAUUCACUUGUGUUGGACAGCUCCCUGGACCACGAGAGCGAGUCGACCUAUGUGCUACUAGUGACAGCAAGAGAUGGGGGCUCACCUUCCCUGACGGCUACCGCCAGCGUGUCCGUGGAGGUGGCCGACGUGAACGACAACGCUCCCACGUUCCCACAGCCCGAGUACACGGUGUUUGUGAAGGAAAACAACCUGCCUGGUAGUCACAUCUUCACGGUGUCGGCACGCGACGCGGACGCGCAGGAGAACGCGUUGGUGUCCUACUCGCUGGUGGAGCGGCGGGUAGGCGAGCGCGCGCUGUCGAGCUACGUGUCGGUGCACGCGGAGAGCGGCAAGGUGUACGCGCUGCAGCCGCUGGACCACGAGGAGCUGGAGCUGCUACAGUUCCAGGUGAGCGCGCACGACGCGGGCUUCCCGCCUCUGGGCAGCAAUGUGACUCUGCAGGUGUUCGUGCUGGAUGAGAACGACAACGCGCCGGCGCUGCUGCCGCCUGGGUCUGGAGGCGCAGGCGGUGCAGUGAGCGAACUUGUGCCGAGGUCGGUGGGUGCGGGCCACGUGGUGGCGAAGGUUCGCGCAGUGGACGCAGACUCGGGCUACAACGCGUGGCUAUCGUAUGAACUGCUGCCGGCGGCAGGUGGCUUACGCAGCCUAUUCCGCGUGGGUCUAUACUCGGGUGAGGUGAGCACUACCCGCGCCCUUGACGAGACGGACGCACCACGCCAGCGCUUGCUAGUGCUGGUGAAGGAUCACGGUGAGCCGCCGCUUGCGGCCACGGCCACCGUGCUAGUGUCGCUGGUGGAGAGCGGCCAAGCUCUGAAGACACCGUCUCGGGCGUUGUCGGGAGCCGUGAGCCCAGAGGCAGCGCUAGUAGAUGUCAAUGUGUACCUGAUCAUUGCCAUCUGCGCGGUGUCCAGCUUGUUGGUGCUCACGCUGUUGCUGUACACGGCGCUGCGGUGCUCGGCGCCACCCCCAGAGGGCGGGUGCAGCCCGGGGAAGCCCAUGCUGGUGUGCUCCAGUGCGGUGGGGAGCUGGUCAUACUCACAGCAAAGGCGUCAGAGAGUGUGCUCUGGGGAGGGGCCGUCCAAGACCGACCUUAUGGCUUUCAGCCCCAGUCUACCUCCGGGUGUGAACAUGGCAGAAAGAAACGAACUUUCAGAAGCAAAUGCGGAUCUUUCGUGUAAUGUAAGUCCAAUUUAG